GGGCGGCCGGCAGAGCGACGCGGAGCCCCGCCGGCGCGGACCUCGACGGCGCCCCCUGCCCCGAGCCCGCGCGCCCCCGCGGCCCUCGAGGGCCGGGAGCGGCGCCCGGCGGUCGCCCCUGCAGGCCUUGCCUUUGCUGGGACCUUCAGAGGCCCCUCGGACCUGAGAGCGCGCCCGCGGACGCCAUGCGGGGGGCUCUGACGCCCCUGUCUUCGCUGCUGCUGCUGCUGCUGGGGUGCGGGCCGAGGGCGGCCACCGGAGGCGGGGCCGGCGGGGCCGCGGGCUACGCGCCGGUGAAGUACGUGCAGCCGAUGCACAAAGGACCCGUGGGGCCGCCCUUCCGCGAGGGCAAGGGCCAAUACCUGGAAAUGCCUCUUCCGUUGCUGCCGAUGGACCUGAAAGGCGAGCCUGGUCCGCCUGGGAAACCCGGGCCUCGGGGGCCCCCUGGCCCUCCUGGCUUCCCAGGAAAACCAGGCACUGGAAAGCCAGGGCUCCAUGGGCAGCCUGGCCCUGCCGGCCCCCCUGGCUUCUCCCGGAUGGGCAAGGCUGGUCCCCCAGGGCUCCCGGGCAAGGCUGGACCACCAGGACAGCCAGGGCUUCGGGGUGAGCCAGGGAUACGAGGGGACCAGGGCCUUCGGGGGCCCCCAGGACCUCCUGGCCUCCCUGGGCCCUCAGGCAUUGCUGUCCCUGGAAAGCCAGGCCCCCAAGGGGUGCCAGGGCCCCCAGGAUUCGGAGGGGAGCCAGGGCCCCAGGGGGAGCCGGGGCCCCCAGGGGAUCGAGGCCUCAAGGGGGAUAAUGGAGUGGGCCAGCCAGGGCUACCUGGGGCCCCAGGGCAGGGGGGUGCCCCUGGACCCCCUGGCCUCCCUGGUCCAGCUGGCUUGGGCAAACCAGGUUUGGAUGGGCUUCCUGGGGCCCCUGGAGAUAAGGGUGAGUCAGGGCCUCCCGGAGUACCAGGGCCUAGGGGGGAGCCAGGGGCUCUGGGCCCAAAAGGGCCCCCUGGGGUGGAUGGUGUGGGGAUGCCAGGGGCAGUAGGGGUGCCAGGGCCACAGGGCCCAGCAGGGGCCAAAGGGGAACCAGGAACCCGGGGCCCCCCUGGCCUGAUAGGCCCCACUGGCUAUGGGGUACCGGGACUGCCAGGCCCCAAGGGGGACAGGGGCCCAGCUGGGGUCCCAGGACUCUUGGGGGACAGGGGUGAGCCAGGUGAGGACGGGGAGCCAGGGGAGCAGGGCCCACAGGGCCUUGGGGGGCCCCCAGGACUUCCAGGGUCUGCAGGACUCCCUGGCAGACGUGGGCCCCCUGGACCCAAGGGGGAGACAGGGCCUGGAGGACCCCCAGGAAUGCCUGGUAUUCGGGGUGACCAGGGGCCUAAUGGCCUGGCUGGGAAACCUGGGCCUCCAGGAGAGAGGGGGCUCCCUGGGGCCCAUGGACCCCCUGGACCAACUGGGCCCAAAGGUGAGCCGGGUUUCACGGGACGCCCUGGGGGACCAGGGGUGGCAGGAGCCCUGGGGCAGAAGGGCGACUUGGGGCUCCCUGGGCAGCCAGGCCUAAGGGGCCCCUCAGGAAUCCCAGGGCUCCAGGGCCCAGCUGGUCCUCUUGGGCCCCAGGGACUGCCAGGCCUGAAGGGUGAACCCGGCUUGCCAGGGCCGCCUGGAGAGGGGAAAGUGGGGGAACCCGGAGUGGCUGGGCCUACAGGGCCCCCUGGGGUCCCCGGUUCCCCAGGACUCACUGGCCCUCCUGGGCCUCCGGGGCCUCCCGGUCCCCCUGGUGCCCCUGGGGCCUUUGAUGAGUCUGGCAUCGCCGGCCUGCACCUGCCCAAUGGUGGCGUGGAGGGCGCUGUGCUGGGCAAGGGGGGCAAGCCGCAGUUCGGGCUGGGAGAGCUGUCGGCCCACGCCACACCCGCCUUCACCGCCGUGCUCACCUCACCCUUUCCUGCCUCGGGUAUGCCUGUCAAAUUUGACCGGACUCUCUACAAUGGCCACAGUGGCUACAACCCGGCCACCGGCAUCUUCACCUGCCCUGUGGGCGGGGUCUACUACUUCGCUUACCACGUGCACGUCAAGGGCACCAAUGUGUGGGUGGCCCUGUACAAGAACAACGUGCCAGCCACGUACACCUAUGAUGAAUACAAGAAGGGCUACCUGGACCAGGCAUCCGGCGGGGCCGUGCUCCAGCUGCGGCCCAACGACCAGGUCUGGGUGCAGAUGCCGUCGGACCAGGCCAACGGCCUCUACUCCACCGAGUAUAUCCACUCCUCCUUUUCAGGGUUCUUGCUCUGCCCCACAUAACACCACGGCGGCCUUGCCGCCUUGGCCUCUUCCUCUUUAGUGGUAGAGAGACCUUCUCAGUUACAAGAACCUCCAUUUAAAGAAAAAGACCAAAGGCUGAACAGACGCGGAAGCAGAGGCGGCCGUGGCCUUGGCCCAAGGAGACUGGUUUGGUUUCUCCCUCCAUGCAGGCUGAGGUGGCUUCUGGAAGAGGCUGGCCGGAGUUCCUCUCCCCUCAAGUGUCUGUGCAGCAUUGGGGUUGCGCCCCCACUGCAGGCAGGGGCCCCAGGACACUCAGCUCAGCUGCCGGAGCCCCCUGCCCUCUCGGGAGUCCUGGGCUCUGCUGGGUGGUGAAGGAUGCUGCUUCUCUGCGUCAGAGCGGAGAGGGGACUGAGCUCCCCAUUCCGUUCCCCCCAGGGAGACACAGGCCCAAGCCCUGCCCUUCCGAAGCUGGCCCCCAGAUGGCACCUCGGAUCUUGGCUGGAGCUCUUCCAGCUCCCCUGGGACCUCCAGCAGCUGACGCUGCAUUCCCUGAAGAGUUUUUGCUUCCAGGGGAAAGCAAAGGGCAGGGGACAUCGAGGUGGCCAGUGUGGACGCCCUGCCAGGACUGCACCCCCAGCGUGAUGCUGUGGCAUCAGGCCUGUCCAUGGCAGGUGCAGGUGUGUGGCCCCUUCUCUGCAGGGCCCUGGGAAGGGCCAACCCCUUUUCUGCUCCAGCUGCAGCCACAGGAGCGGUGGUUUGUGAUGGGAGGGGCACGGAUCUGUGGCACGAUGGCAGCCCUUCACGUCCACCUCCAUCUCCCAGGCUGCUCCCACUGACUGGCUCUGCUCAGCAUUAAGGGCAGCCACACAGGCCUUUGGGGACUGCCGCAGCAGGCCCGGGACAGGAUGGACCAUCAGCAAACUUGAGUACCCUCCCUUUCUCUCUCCUUCCACCUGCUGGGGGAGGGCUGAUUUUUUCAUACAAAAUUGUAAGGUAUCCCGCCUCAACUGUCCCCAAGGCAGAGAGUCUCUUUUUUGGCCCUCAGAACAAGGUACACACAAGCUCGGGGAUGAAGAAGGCUCCCGCCUGCUUCUCCUUAACAAGGACCAUAUGGCGGGUAUGUGUGUCUACUAGAGGGGUUAAUCUGAGGGGGCUUCCUCUCCUUCUACCCUCUGGUUCCAAUUUCCUGUUCUAAGCAGGAUUAGGGCCCAGAAGGCUGAGGCUCUGAGGAAAAGGGUGCCAACAGGCCCCUUUGGAAUGAGUUGCCUCUGGAUGUUUCUGCCGUUUUCCCCAAGCAAAGCCCCCCCUGCAGGAAACGGGUAGGAUCCCUCUCCUAUCUCCUAGUUCAAGCUCAGUGGAUAAAGCUGAGAUUAAUGCUGGAGCAAAGAUGGCCACUUUCCCAGGGGGCCUCGGGGCCUCUCUGUCAGCCCUCCCCGAGCCAACCCACUUCUCUGCACCAGGUGUGAACCUGGGGCGCCCGGUGUGGUCUCGCACUGCUCUGAUUCUGGCCAGCACCAGACUGUCCGUGUUGGAAACGGUGGUGGCUGACUUCUGGCUCACUGCGCUGCAGGCCCCUGGGCAGGCCUCGUCCCCGACCCACUUCUCCCAACAAAGCAGGCCCUUUCACUGCUUGUUUUGUCUUUCAAAAGGAGUGAAACCCAAAGCUGUGCAAGAGACACUUGAACAGGUUUUGGCUGGGGUUCAUGGUGGAUUGCUUGAUCUCCGAUACCCGAGAGAACGAAUGAGUCUCAAAGCGACCGUGGUGGGGUCCUUUUUGCUCAGCCUCCUUCCUGGGCCAAAGUCACCAGCAUCUGACCGGUCAGGGAGAGGUUCCGAUGGGUGGAAAUUCGUCAGCUCUCUCAGGGGGGAGCCCAGGGGACUAAGGAGGGCACUGGGGGAGCCAGAAAGAGCUGUUUCACAGAACUUAGCUUCUGCUAAAUGUCAUUCCUGAAGCCUUUGGGGAGGAGUGGCUGGUGUUUCUGAAAUGUCUAUGGGGUUUUAGUUCCAGGUGUCCACUUGACUAGCUUUGAUAAACGAUGCCAAGUUUUAACUAUGAAAACUACGGUACCUUGGUGCAUUUUUAUAUUCUGAUUCCUAGGGUUUUUUUUUUUUUUUUAAGAUUAAGGUUUGAAUGUUUUCAUUGGUAAUUUCAUUUCUAACCUGGUAUAGGAAGCUUAGUUCUCUACAUACCUAUUAUGUGCCCUGUGUCACAAAAGAUUAGGGAAAAAUGCACUUGGGAACAACAAAA